GAGGCUACCUCGUCGCUCGCUGCCUCUCGCCGCCAGUGGGGAAGUCGGGGCCGCUUGAGCGGCCGCCGCCACCGCCUCAUCCCGAUCUCCUCCCCCAGUCCCUCCCGGCCCGCGCGCCCCCGAGUAGUGAGUGAGUGGCCCCGAGUAGGGUCCGGAGAGUCACCGCGGCGGCGCCGGGAGGUGUUUAAACCAUGUUAAGGAGGAUUUUGCAGAGGACUCCUGGGAGAGUUGGCUCUCAAGGUUCUGAUUUAGAUUCAUCAGCAACUCCCAUAAACACGGUGGAUGUCAAUAAUGAAAGCUCUUCAGAGGGCUUCAUAUGUCCCCAGUGUAUGAAGUCUCUUGGCUCUGCUGAUGAACUUUUCAAACACUAUGAGGUGGUUCAUGAUGCUGGUAAUGAUUCAAGUCAUGGAGGAGAAGCUAGUCUUGCUUUGAAGCGCGAUGAUAUAACACUACUCAGACAAGAAGUCCAAGACCUACAGACUUCACUUAAGGAAGAAAAAUGGUACUCAGAAGAAUUAAAGAAAGAAUUAGAAAAAUAUCAAGGGCUACAACAGCAAGAGGCCAAACCUGAUGGACUGGGUGCAGAUUCAUCAGCAGAAAUACAGUCUUUGGAACAGCAAUUAGAAGAAGCCCAAACAGAAAAUUUUAAUAUUAAACAAAUGAAAGACUUAUUUGAGCAGAAAGCAGCACAACUUGCUACUGAAAUUGCAGAUAUUAAAUCAAAAUAUGAUGAAGAAAAGAGUCUUCGAGAAGCUGCUGAACAAAAAGUGACACAUCUGACAGAAGAAUUAAACAAAGAGGCAACUCUAAUUCAAGAUCUGAAGACUGAACUGCUUCAGAGACCUGGUAUAGAAGAUGUUGCUGUGCUGAAGAAAGAACUAGUCCAAGUUCAAACACUAAUGGAUAAUAUGACCUUGAAACGUGAGAGAGAAUCUGAAAAACUCAAAGAUGAAUGCAAGAAGUUACAAGCAGAAUGUGCUAACUCAGAGACCACGAUAAGUCAGCUAAGGAGUGAACUUGCCAAAGGCCCACAGGAAGUUGCUGUAUAUGUUCAGGAACUACAAAAGCUCAAGAGUUCAGUUAAUGAAUUAACACAAAAAAAUCAGAACUUGACAGAAAAGUUGCUGAAGAAAGAACUAGACUAUGUCCAGUUAGAAGAGAAACAUAAUGAAGAAUCUGUGAGCAAAAAGAAUAUACAAGCAACCCUUCAUCAAAAAGACCUAGAUUGUCAACAGCUUCAGUCAAGAUUAUCUGCGUCUGAAACUUCCCUGCAGAGAACACAAGCUGAACUAAGUGAAAAAGGAGAAGCUACUCAAAAGCUCAAAGAAGAGUUAUCCGAAGUAGAGACUAAGUACCAGCAUCUUAAAGCAGAGUUUAAACAGCUACAACAACAGAGAGAAGAAAAGGAACAACAUGGGUUACAACUCCAAAGUGAAAUUAACCAAUUACAUAGCAAACUUCUUGAGACAGAGCGCCAACUAGGGGAAGCUCAUGGUAGGCUGAAGGAGCAGAGACAACUUUCAAGUGAAAAGCUGAUGGAUAAAGAACAGCAAGUGGCUGAUUUACAACUCAAACUUUCUCGUUUAGAAGAACAGUUGAAGGAAAAAGUAACAAAUUCCACGGAGUUGCAGCAUCAAUUAGAUAAAACAAAGCAACAGCAUCAGGAACAGCAGGCUCUUCAGCAAAACACUACAGCAAAACUUCGAGAAGCUCAGAAUGAUUUGGAGCAAGUACUGCGUCAAAUUGGUGAUAAAGAUCAAAAGAUCCAGAACCUUGAAGCCUUAUUACAGAAGAGUAAAGAAAAUAUUUCAUUACUAGAAAAAGAAAGAGAAGAUCUUUAUGCCAAAAUUCAGGCUGGUGAAGGAGAAACUGCUGUUCUUAACCAGUUACAAGAAAAAAACCAUACAUUACAGGAGCAAGUAACUCAGUUAACAGAGAAGCUGAAGAAUCAGUCAGAAAGUCAUAAACAAGCCCAGGAAAAUUUGCAUGACCAAGUACAAGAGCAAAAGGCACAUCUUAGAGCUGCACAAGACCGUGUCCUUUCCUUGGAAACCAGUGUCAAUGAAUUAAAUAGUCAAUUAAAUGAAAGCAAAGAGAAGGUCUCUCAGCUUGAUGUACAGAUUAAAGCCAAAACUGAAUUAUUGCUAUCAGCAGAAGCGGCAAAAACUGCUCAGAGAGCUGAUCUUCAGAAUCAUUUGGACACAGCACAAAAUGCAUUACAAGAUAAACAGCAGGAGUUAAAUAAGAUCACCACUCAGUUGGAUCAGGUCACUGCAAAGUUACAAGACAAACAGGAACAUUGCAGUCAGCUGGAAAGUCACCUGAAAGAAUAUAAAGAGAAACACCUCUCUUUAGAGCAGAAAACUGAAGAACUAGAAGGUCAAAUUAAGAAACUAGAAGCUGAUACUCUUGAAGUUAAAGCAAGCAAGGAACAAACUUUUCAGGAUCUACAACAACAGAGGCAACUGAACACAGAUUUAGAGCUUAGAGCAACAGAAUUAAGUAAACAACUUGAAAUGGAGAAAGAAAUAACCUCCAGUACAAAAUUGGAUCUACAGAAAAAAUCUGAAGCCCUUGAAAAUAUUAAGCAAAUGCUUGCUAAGCAAGAGGAAGAAAAAAUAAUCCUGAAACAAGAAAUUGAAAAUAUAAGUCAAGAUGCAAAGAUGCAACACAAGGAACUGAACAGCAGAAUGCAAACAGCAGUAACAGAAUUACAAACAGUGAAGGCAGAGAAAGAAACUCUAAUGACAGAGCUGUCUACAACAAAAGAGAAAUUAUCACAAGUUUCUGAUUAUUUGAAACAGUGCAAAGAUGAAUUUGAAAAGGAGAAUCAGAAGGGAAAAGCUGCUAUAUUAGAUUUGGAAAAAACUUGCAAAGAAUUAAAGCAUCAACUUCAAAUACAGACAGACAACACACAUAAGGAACAGAAUGAACUGAAAAAGUCACUUGAAAAAGAGAAGGAGACUUCUCAUCAGUUGAAGUUAGAAUUGAAUUCAGUGCAGGAACAAGUCUUACAGGCCCAGAAUACUUUAAAACAAAAAGAAAAAGAAGAACAGCAACUUCAGGGGAACAUAAAUGAGCUCAAGCAAUCAACUGAACAGAAGAAGAAGAAAAUUGAAGCACUCCAAGGAGAAAUUAAAAUUGCUAUUUCACAGAAGACAGAACUUGAAAGUAAACUACAGCAGCAGUCAACUCAGGCAGCUCAGGAACUGGCAGCAGAGAAAGAGAAAAUGUCAGUGUUACAGAACACCUAUGAAAAAAGUCAGGAAAAUCUGAAACAGCUUCAAUCUGAUUUCUAUGGAAAGGAAUCUGAACUUCUGGCCACAAGACAAGACCUUAAGUCUGUAGAAGAGAAACUUUCUCUAGCACAGGAGGACUUGAUUUCAAAUAGAAAUCAAAUUGGAAACCAAAAUAAACUGAUUCAAGAACUAAAGACUGCCAAGGUUACUUUGGAGCAGGAUUCAGCAAAGAAAGAACAGCAACUGAAGGAACAGAGCAAAGCGCUACAAGAUAUUCAAAAAGAAAAGUCACUGAAAGAAAAAGAACUAGUGAAUGAAAAAUCUAGAUUGGCAGAGAUUGAAGAAGUUAAGACUAGACAAGAAAAAGAAAUCACUAAAUUAACAGAAGAACUCAAGUCCCACAAACAAGAAAGCAUAAAGGAGGUAACAAAUCUCAAGGAUGCCAAACAGCUUCUGAUUCAGCAGAAAUUAGAACUUCAAGGAAAAGUAGAUUCUCUGAAGGCAACUCUGGAACAGGAGAAGAAAAAUCAACAGAUGCUAAAAGAGCAGAUGAGAAAGGAAGAAGAUGAGCUUAAGAAAGAGUUUCUUGAGAAAGAAGCUAAGUUGAAUUCUGAAAUAAAAGAAAAAGAAGUAGGAAUGAGGAAACAUGAAGAAAAUGAGGCUAAACUUACCAUGCAUAUUACAGCUUUAAAUGAAAACUUGGGCACUGUGAAGAAGGAAUGGCAAUCUAGUCAACGGAGAGUGAGUGAGCUGGAGAAACAAACAGAUGACUUACGUGGUGAAAUCGCAGUCUUGGAAGCCACAGUGCAGAAUAAUCAAGAUGAAAGGAGAGCACUGUUGGAAAGGUGUCUUAAAGGAGAAGGAGAAAUAGAAAAGCUUCAAACCAAAGUACUAGAAUUGCAAAGAAAGCUGGACAAUACAACUGCAGCAGUGCAAGAACUAGGCAGAGAAAACCAGUCCCUUCAGAUCAAACAUACGCAAGCAUUGAAUAGAAAGUGGGCUGAAGACAACGAAGUUCAAAACUGUAUGGCCUGUGGGAAAGGCUUUUCAGUUACAGUGAGACGGCAUCAUUGCCGACAGUGUGGGAAUAUCUUCUGUGCUGAGUGUUCAGCCAAAAAUGCCUUAACUCCUUCUUCCAAGAAGCCUGUUCGUGUCUGUGAUGCAUGUUUCAAUGACUUGCAAGGAUAAUGGAUUAUCACAACUUCAGAGUAAUAGUACACUAACAAUAGAUUUUUAAUAAAUAUGCUUAAUAGAAUUCAUGGACUACUGUUUGAUUGGGACAGUGGUUGCCACACUAGACCAAAUUAGAAUUCGUAUAUUUUGCAAUGUUAUCAAUAUCAAGUAAAAGUCUUCUAUUUUUGUGAGACUUGGGCUCAUCUUUCAUUACUUUUUUUUUCAUUUAGCUGCUAGAACAGCUUUCAUGCUAAGUUUAAAAUCAGCCAAUGAAAUGUAAAUAAACUUUGAACAGAAAAUAGCAAUGUAUUUUUUUAAAUAUAAUUUCAUUGUUCAUAAUGGUGAAUUCCAUAGCUUGUUCUUCCCGUUUUAAUAUACAGAAAUAUACAUGAAUGAUGUUAUCACUUAUUGCUGUUUUUGUUGCACAACACAUUAAUCAUAUUAAAUAUUAUCUUUGUGGAGUCAUGCACAAAACUGUAAUAAUUUCUGGCUACCUUUUCCUCUUAUACAUAGGUUCACAGCUCAGUUAUAUUAUGUAAUAAAUUUACUACUUGGGUGUUCUAAAUAUAGUUCAUGUCAAAAUCUGUAUUAAACAUGAAUUUUAAAUUGGUUUUUGUUUUUAACAAUAUUGAUUAAAUUCUCGGGUACAUUUUAUGAGAACCUCUGUAAAAUUAAUUUGUGUACUUUAUGGUUAUCCUGGGAUUGUAUUUUAAAGUUAGGGUUAAUAUUCUUUUUUCUUUUUGUAUUUUUCUGUAUCAUUUUCUAACUCCCACAUAGUGUCUAUUAAAAAUGCUACAAAACUUCCUACCCUUACCCUCAGCUGCAGGAUGAAUAUUAGACACUGUGUAAUGGUCCUAUUCUUGUUUGCUUGUAAUUGGGGAGUUUUCUGAAACUAGCCUUCUUAUCAUACCCUUCUUUUUUUCUCUAUCAUCUUUAGGAAAGUGAGUUUGCCUUUUUUAAUGGAUCUGUUUUCCCUUUUCUUGGCUUAAUCUUUCCAAGCAUAGCCCAGCUUCAUAGUAAUUGUUUCAUAUUUUCCACCUUAAAGCUAGUAAUUAAUAUUGCAAUAGUUGUAUCUACGAAAACAAAAUAAGAAAUGGUAAGAAGACAUUAAAUAUUCUGCUUUAUAUUUUCUUCUAAAAUUUUUUUAAAAUUAUACAAUUGACUUAAGCUAAAAAUGGUUCUGGGUUGGAUUCCACAUCAACUGGGAAUACUUUUUUACAUAUAAUGGUAUAAAAUUACCUUGAAGUAACAGCUGGAGAAUAGAGCUUCACCUAAAACAUUUAUAUUUAAAAAAACUCAAAAUUGCAAUAAAUACUGAAACUGAAUAGCUAAGCAUCUUAAGAAUAAUUAAGGAUCAGCCAACUUGAAGGUUAAACGAUUUAACUGAGCAUUAGUUUAUCAUAAUUUUGUUGAUUUGAAAAAGUGGAAAACAUUGAAGAAUCAUUAAUAUUUGUUUAUUCAUCAUCCAAGGGAAGAUAUGGAAAAUUAUACAUUAAUUUAGUGCAAUCAUUUAAUAACAAUAGCCAAGGAUGGGAGUUAAUAUUUCAUUUACAAUAGUUUAUAAUGUACACUUUCAAAUAUUGCUGAAAUGAAAUUAUGUCUAUGCUAUAUCUAGGAUAUAUAUAAACUAAUGGAGAUUGUCACAUACUCAUUUCAUUAUUUAAAAAACAUUUUAAGUAAACCAUGUUGUCAGUAGCUAUUGACACUGAUUAAGUUCCAGGAUUUGGAUAAACAUAUAUUCUUGAGCAUAUAUAAUAAAGAAAUACAGUGGCACUUUAUCAAAAAUAAUAGUUGGAUAAUGUAACCUAAGAUGUUUUAUGCUUUUUAUAUACUUAUAGGUCCUUUCAAAUAGUCUUAAUUCUAUACUUUUACAUUUACUUAAUAAAUUAAAUGUAUUAGAAAAUCAAAGAUACUCCCAGCACCACUGUAUCGUUUUGUUUUUAAGAUAAAACUUAGUGAGAAUUCUGGAUUAGAAUAUCUGUUCACAUCUCCUAAUUGGAUGCACUACAGGAAUUUCCUGGUAAUCCCCACUGCUCAUUUUCAUACACAUACACACACACACACACACAAAUUGUGGACACACAAAUGAAACCAUGUGUGUUUGAGUGAUUUUUUUCUUGCUUUUUUUUUUUCAUACAAGUAAUCUGAUUUCAUAUGUCCUGAAUAAUUUAUGUACCUUAGGCUACUUUACUGAUCAUACAAAAAAUGAAACCUAAUGUUUUCACUGUUAAUUUUCUUUGAUUUAAUAUGUUUUGGAAAUAAAAAUUAAGUUUUUUCCCCCCAUUUUAAUUAAAAAGUCCUCUUCUGAGUUACUGUUGGCUAUAUAGUUUAGAUGUUUGUUGGUACUAUUAUUUUGUUGGUGAGUUAGAGCUGACACAUAUGGAAUCCCAGCUCUUGGCUCUAAUGUAAAACAUAUUGACAUCACGUUAGUAAAUUGCAAACUCCAGCACAGAAAUGUGAGUUAAAACCAAGUCUUGCUUAGUAGUUAGAGUAAGGUAAACCUACAGAAUUUUUUAAUAGAAAGAAGACAAAGCUGCUAGUAUAGGACUUGCUCAUUUUGAAGAAAAGAGGGAAACAAACACAAAAACCUCAAUGAAGUAUACAAAUAACAUUUUGUUCAACUACCUCUUAAUGUGGAGUUAGCCAGUUUAAUAGUUUCUUUACAGUAAUGUUAAAUAGUAACUGCCAAAUUUGUUGUUUUCCCAUCCUUCAAAAAGUCUUUAUGAUUGUUUUAUAUAGUUCUGAGAAUUUCAAAGCCACUUUUUUAACUUUGCAUUUGCAUAAAAAUGUUUAGCUUUAAGUGAAGAACAAAUUAUAAUCAUAUAUUUUGAUAUUCAUGACCUGUUUGGCUAGCAAUUUUUUUUUGAAAUGCACUUUGGCUAUAAAACCGUGGAUGAUUUGAUCCAUAGAUUUAAUAAAUGUGCCAUCAAUUUAGUAUUCCUGGACAUGAGCUUGAUGAAUGGUAUUCUGUAAUUUUAAUGUGCCACACAUUAUCAUGUCUUAAUUGCCCUUUGCCUGAAUUUUAAUGAUCAAUUUGUUAUUGUUGCAGAUGUGAAUAUUGUGCAUAAACUUACUAAAUUUAUGUAAAGUUGUAUAAAAUAGAAUUGGGAAUCACUAGGUCCUUUUUGUGUAGAAGUAAAGAAUUUAUUGUAAAGAUGAUACAGUUAUGUAUAUGACAUUCUGUACUUCCUUGAACUGGAUCAUAUGUUCAUAGCUUCUGUACAUACUUUUGCAUGAAUAUUUUCUUCUUUGGUUUUUAGGUUCAUUAUUUGUAUUGUGUUUACUUCUUGUGAUCAUGUAGUUUGUGCCUUACUUUGUGAGAGAGUUUAGCUCAGUAAAUACUGCAAUUUCUAAACUCAGUGACUGGAAGGUUAUUGAUUAUAAGUGUAACUGAUGAAUGACAAGACAGCAUUUAAAUCUGUAUAAAGAACAAUGGAAGGAUCCUUACUGAAUUGUUGCUUUUGUGUUUUUUUUAAUAUGUUAAAGAUAAUAUUAAAAAACAUUUGUUUCUAGUAGA